AUGGCUCUCAAUUAUAUUCGCCAAGUCACAAGAACCGUUAGAGGGAUUAAUGUAAAUACAAUACAUAGAAAAAUAAGUACGAGUUUACCAACAAGACUUGGUAUGAUACCGAUAGUAGUUGAACAAACUGGCAGAGGGGAAAGGGCAUACGACAUUUAUUCCAGGUUACUUCGAGAACGUAUUAUUUGCCUGAUGGGACCAAUAAACGAUGAAAUCAGUUCCCUCGUCGUUGCUCAGCUGUUGUUCCUUCAAUCUGAAUCGAGUAAAAAGCCUGUGCAUCUAUAUAUAAAUUCUCCUGGUGGCAAUGUUACGGCCGGUCUCGGUAUUUACGAUACGAUGCAAUAUAUCACUCCGCCAGUAGCCACUUGGUGUGUUGGUCAAGCCUGCAGUAUGGCGUCACUCCUGCUAGCAGCGGGGGCUCCUGGUAUGCGUCACGCACUUCCAAAUUCGCGGAUCAUGAUACAUCAACCUUCUGGAGGAGUCCGAGGUCAAGCGACAGAUAUUCAAAUUCAGGCCGAGGAAAUUUUAAAAUUGAAGUCUCAAAUAAACAAUCUCUAUGUCCGACACACCGGUCUUCCAAUAGAACGUAUUCAAACAUCAAUGGAACGUGACUGUUUCAUGUCGCCGAUAGAAGCAAAGAGUUUUGGAUUGAUCGAUAAUGUUUUAGAACAUCCACCAUCUCAUGUGGUUGAAGGUGAUAAUGUUUCAUCAGCUCCAGUUAAUACAACAACUACUUAG